AUGCAGGGUGAAAAAAUCCUCUCAACGCCACUCGUUGCUGUUGUGGUUACAUUGGCAGUGCGAUUCCUCACGUACAGUUUCAAGGAUCAGAUUUCUCUCCCUUAUCACUUUGGAAUCACAACACCAAACACAGGAGCAGAGAUAUGGAAGGAGGCUGUCUUCUGGAAGCAAGAGUUCAAUUCUGUCCCUGAUUACAUCACUGCUGUGGCCCCCUGGUAUGCUGAGUAUAUCCCACCAGCGCCUGCUGGUGUGUACGUUACCGUUUUAUGUCUAUUGGACGGCUUGACUGCUUUUAUUGUUAGCAGGUGGCCUUCUGCCACCCCCCAGUUCGUGUAUACACUUUUUGUGCUGAAUCCUGCGAUGAUACUCUUGCCGGUGCUGGAGUCCCUUGCACCUGUGGAGCACUUUCUGCUAGCUAUAAUCAUUGAAUGUUCUAGGAGACAGCGAGUCCAACCGUGGCUUAUGAAUAUUGCGCGGCUCAUUUUGCCAGUUCUGGGGUUUUCCUUUAUUGCCGUUGCUGUGGCACUUUGGUUCCCUAUUGGAACAACAAGCCCAAAAAUUGCGCUAGUUGGCGCUCUUCUCGGUGCCGCAAGCAUUGGAGGGUGUGGCCUGCUGUAUUUGAGACUGUAUGGUGAGCUUCGUGCUCAGACUUCUCUAUACGCCCCACCCGAUAACGGGGUGAUGUGGUAUGUGCGCUUACUUAUCAUUCCCGCGUUCGAGCGCUGCAUGGACGUUUUUCAAUUUCAGCUGCCAGCUAUUUUAACGAUGCCACUUGCGGUGGCGCUUCCAGCCGACGCCGAGGCCCCGACGGCCCCGACGCUGGAGCGCACAGGUGUUGUCCCUGGCAAUCGGCGCCUGCUCGUUGUUUUGUUUGCUAUCUGCGUGAGCAAGGCUUGUCGUUGCCAUUUGGCCCUUCCAGAUUAUAUGCUGGGGGUGCUGUUCCUCUACUCCCUCUUGGAUAAGACGUCUCGACUCGGUCAGAGGGAUGGUGGCACGUCAAUGCUGGAACGGCUGCGGACAGCAAAUGUGUUCGUGCCUGUGUACACAUUGCUGUUGACGGUGCCGCUUCAGUACAGCUUCUACACUGGGUGGGUGAUGUGGGACACGGCAAACCCCAACUGGGUCUUCUUUCCGCAGGUUGCUUUCACUAUCGUGGGAGGCAUGUUUGUUCUCACGUUUCUCAAAGCGGCGGUGGAGGCCAUCAGUGCGGAAGCAGCGGCCGGCGAGAAGGAAAAGCAGUUGUAG